AUGUCCUUCGACUUUUCGAUUGGCGACAUUAUCAAGCUCAUAGAGCUCACAACCCGCACUUACACUGAUUGGAAGAAUGCGUGCGGCACCUAUGCUACUAUCACAGACAACCUCGCGGCGCUGUGCGCACUGCUCGUACGCAUCGAAGUUGAAGUACACACGCCAAACAGCCUCUUCUCGAAAAAUAAGGACGACCUACAACACUGGGAAACUCUGUCAGAAGGCUGUUACGACGUGGUCGCAGAGCUCACCUAUGUCCUCAACAAGUACAGGAGCCUGAGCACCAGUCGAGCCAGAAACUGGGAUAGGAUACGACUCGGUAACAAGAGCAUCGAUGGUUUGAACACUCGGUUACUCAUGAGAAUCGAGAGCGUAAGCGCGUUUGCGACCGUCGUGGGUGUCAGCUCUCAAGGUCGUGUCGAGAACGUCAUAUUUCCAGAGCUGUUGAGGAGGAUGGACGGUAUCGCUGCUGAGAUUAGGAAAGGAACUUCUUCUAUUGGCACCUUGACGACCUAUGAAAAUGACGACAAAACCGUUUGGAAAGAAUUCCGCAGGGAGAUGAUAAGGGCAGACGUGAGGAGUCGGGACAUCCAUAGAUAUAAGGUUUCGUUGAAGACUUACCUCCUUCGACUAAAACAUGAGGGAUUGCUCGACGAAGAGAUACCUGAAGAAGACCCGAGUAGUAAGCGUACAAAAGAUGGAGAACCUUACGGUGGGGAUCUCAAAGACGGCCAACCCGACAACGACAGACUGCACGUGGCCGAUCCAAGUAGUGAGAGUGAAGAGGAUGGGAAAUCCGACAACGAUAGCAAAUAUAUCGUGGAGAGGAUUUUGGAAGACACCGUCUCAAAGGGCAAUGGAUCAGAGCCUGAAGAAGUACCGCUUGCUCGUAUGAGUUAUAGCAAGACUCUGCGACCUUCAAAUGUGGGCACACCACAAAACUACCACGAUGACUAUACAACAGGACCCGUUCCCGAGUGUGAAGGACGCAUCCACAAGAUCACUUCCCUCUGA